CAUGGUGGAGGGAGGACCACGAGGACCCAGCAAGAUGGCGGCGGUGAGGCUGAGAGUGACCCCUCUGGCCGGCUACCUGUUGGCCCUAGCCGUCUACAGCACCCUCAUGCUCAUAGUCACCCUGGACCCCGACCUCGACCCCCAGCAGCAGCAGCAGGAGGAGGGUGUCUCCCGCGGGCACCAGGCUCCCCAGCACCACCCCGCCGCCACCUUCCCUCACGCGCCCCUCACAAGGCCUCGACGUGCCGCCAUGCGGGUGAGACGCGUGGAUGACUUCUACAACUGGAUGAAGGUUCCCCAGACCUCCUGUGACAAGCUUCUCUCGCUUGGUGGGACCUAUUGUAAAGGGGGCGUCGACAACGACAAGUAUGUGUGCCUGGACGACGACGUCGCCCUCAGACCCGGCAACUGUACCGUCUACUCCUUCGGCAUCGGCAAUGACGCCACCUUCGACGACCAGGCUAGUUACUUCGGGUGUGAAGUGCACAUGUUUGACCCUAGUGUCAACAAGACGGUCAUCAUCAACACUAACCUUAAGAAUCAACACUUCUACCCUAUUGGUCUGCACGUCACACACUUUAACAGCAGCUUCAAGAUACAGUAUACUGAAAACUAUACUGAGUUUAUCCAGGGCGAGUUUGACACCUACGACAGUAUACGCUCCCGUCUGGGCCACCAGCAGCGUCCUGUCCACUACCUCAAGCUGGACAUCGAGAACACAGAGUGGAGCGUCCUGCCCUACAUGAUGGAGCGAGGCCUGCUGGCGGGGGUGAGGCAGCUGGCUGUGGAGGUCCACACCAUGGACAUUAUCACCGCUCCUCCACACCAGGUGGUGAAGCUCCUACAGAGGUACUGGGAGGUGAUGCAGGCACUGAGCCAGCAAGGGUUCCUGAGGGCCAGCUACCGGCCCACCGUGGUCCUGGAGUCCCUCUACCAUGUACCCGGCCACAACAGGACCAUCCCCACCUGCUUCGAGGUCCUCUUCCUUCGUCGGGGCGUUGUUGCUGCUCCCGUGUCUUGACCUGCCCUUGUACACUAGGGUGUCGUCGUGUCCUGGAGUGUCCUGGGGUGUCGUCGUGUCCUGGGGUGUCGUCGUGUCCUGGGGUGUCCUGGAGUGUCGUCGUGUCCUGGGGUGUCCUGGAUUGUCGUCGUGUCCUGGGGUGUUGUCGUGUCCUGGAGUGUCGUCGUGUCCUGGAGUGUCGUCGUGUCAUAGGGUGUCGUGUUCUGGAGUGUCGUUGUGUCCUGGAGUGUCGUUGUGUCCUGGA